AUGAUCUUCAACAUGUGCAACUUCUCAGAAGUUUCAGGUUUCUUCCCUCCGGAAGAGGAGAAAGAAAACCUCGACGACGAGUCGAAACAAGUGAUCAAGGGAGCGAUUCUGGAGAAUGAUUUCCUCAAGCACUUGGACGGGGCGCAGCUCAAAGCCCUGGUGGACGCCAUGGUGCCGAAAGAAGUGCCGCAAGGCUGCUACAUUAUCCGCGAAGGAGACGCAGGUUCUCAUCUGUAUGUUGGCGCAGAAGGUGAUUUGGAGGUCAUCAAGGGCGGCAGCGUGCUUGGCCGCGUCGGUCCAGGGAAGAUUUUCGGCGAACUGGCGCUGUUGUACAAUUGCCAAAGAACGGCUUCCAUCAGGGCUGUGACCGCGGCCAAGUUAUGGUCCCUGGAAAGAAGGGUGUUCCAGGAAGUUAUGAUGCACACCGGACUUCAGAGGCGCGAAGAUAAUCUUCAUUUCCUUCGAUCCGUGCCGCUGUUGCAAAAUUUGGCCAAUGAAAUGCUGAUGCGGAUCGCAGACGUCCUGGAAGUGGAAUUUUUCCCACAAGGGGCGUACGUGGUCCGGCAGGGUGGCAAGGGCGACACGUUCUACAUCAUCAGCAGCGGGGAGGUAAAGGUUACCCAGGUCGUGCCAUCGCCGGAUGACCCAAACAUGACCGUGGAGGAGGAGAUCCGGAUCCUGGGUCGCGGGGACUAUUUCGGCGAGCAAGCUUUAAUGCGCGAGGAUGUUCGAACUGCCAACGUCAUCGCCCUGGACGGCGGGGUCGAGUGCCUCGUCGUCGACCGAGACUCCUUCACACAACUUAUUGGUGACUUGAGAGAACUUCGAGAAAAGAAAUACGAGGACUCUGAUCGCAGCAGCCGCACUACCAGUGUUUUCAGCAAUGCUGCGGAAGACUGUGAUGUAUUAAUGGCUCUAAAAUGUUUGGGUAAAACAGCUUUGACGGAACACAACCACAUUUCCAUGGAUGACCUGAACGUGAUCGGAACUCUGGGCGUCGGUGGGUUUGGGCGAGUGGAACUGGUGCAGUAUGCGCGAGACAAAACCGCGACGUUUGCCCUGAAAUGCCUGAAGAAGCAGCACAUUGUGGACACACAACAGCAGAUUCAUGUCCUGUCCGAAAAGAAGAUCAUGAUGCAUUGCCGACAUCCUUUCAUUGCCAGAUACAUCGCCAAUAUUGCUGGCACUUUUCCAUUACAAAAAAUGAUCCCCAAUCGUCUGCGGAAAUUACUCAGGUUGUUCCGGACUUACAAGGACGGCAAAUUUGUCUACCUGUUGCUUGAGGCGUUGUUGGGCGGGGAGUUGUGGACAGUGUUGCGGGAACACGGACGUUUUGACGAAAAUACGGCUCGGUUCUACGCCGGAUGUGUCUUGGAGGCCUUCGAAUAUUUGCACGGCAAGGGGAUCAUCUACCGGGAUCUCAAGCCGGAAAACCUGCUCAUGGAUUCUUCCGGAUUCGUUGAUUUUGGAUUCAGCAAGCGCUUGGGUCCGAGUGAGAAGACCUGGACUUUUUGCGGAACACCGGAAUACGUUGCUCCGGAAGUGAUUCUUAACAAGGGCCACGAUAAAGCCGUCGACUAUUGGUCGCUCGGAGUAUUUUUAUUCGAACUCCUCACUGGAGCGCCGCCGUUUUCCGGAAGUGACCCCAUGCGGACAUACAGCGUGAUUCUGCGUGGCAUCGACUGCAUCCCGUUUCCGCGACACAUCAGCAGAAACGCGCAAGGAGUCAUUCGACGUCUGUGUCGUGACAAUCCGUCCGAGCGCCUUGGCUAUGGUCGCAACAGCAUCGCGGACAUUAAAAAACACAAGUGGUUCCAAGGUUUCGACUGGGACGGACUUCGCAACCGCCAACUGCCACCACCAAUUGUGCCUCAGGUCAAAGGACCAGCGGAUAUCAGCAACUUCGACUCUUAUCCCAAAGACUUGGACAUCCCGAACGACGAAUUGUCAGGCUGGGACAAGGAUUUUUGAAAGAUGCAAGUGACCAAUUUUCACUCGUCGAUGUUGGAACGAGUGCGUGACGACAUCUUUUCCUGUCGUACCUCCUUCACCGUCGCAACAAAAGCAACAAUAAGAAGAAAAAGGCGAAGAUCCACUUUUUUUUCCUCGUCACUGUUGCUGUCGAUUUUUGAUGCCGACACGCUCCGUCCGCAGCUUUUUGCACACGAAAAGAGACGGACUCCUUUCGCGUGAUAUUAGCGACACUAUUACCCAUGCACCGCAGAAAUGAGAAAAUGAAUAGCAAUCGACUGUCCGCUAUUUUGCGUUUUCUGGGACUCUGUCUUUUCUCUGAAAUUCUCCUAGAAUUCCUGAUCGAUUUUCCGUGCGCUGUUUUCUUCAAUGCGGGAUUUACAGUUGGGGUAAAAAAAAAAAUUCAAGCGUGAUAAACGGACAUCGUCGCCUUAUUGAUGAAACAAAGGAGGGUGCCCAGGAAAAAGAUGUGGUUGGAAAAAGAAAAUAGCAGCAGGGGAAAGAAAGCAAAUGACCUGAAGUUGAUUUGCCACGUUUUCGCACCAGAUAUUUAGUCAGUGGAUUCAGCAGAGAGAAAAACGAAGAAAAAACGCUUGCGCUUUUGUCUCUUUGUAACACGAAUAUGUUUUCUCUCGGGAUUCAGAGAAACUUUUCCUUCCUUCUUAUCUCGCGAGCAAAAGGAUCAUCAUUUCUCGUCGCGUGAUUGACUGCGAAGUAUAUUUCGUUUUUUUUUCUUUUUUUUUGGAGUGGAUCAUGCACUGCACUGGCGAGUAAAGAUGAUUCGUAAUAUAUUCAGCAAAACGUUGCAUGCACAACUACAGUACUUUUCAAUGCCAAGUUUCGUUGGUUGUGAUGUGGAAUUUGAUCCAAAAAUUUGUAUUCGUCGCCGCAAUCGCUCAGUCUUAUUUACGCCUCAGCAUUUUCGAUCUGCUGAUGGCACGCGGAGUUUUGCGGGGACGAGGCAGCUUGUUGACUUUUCUUUCUUGGGCCUCGGUGGGUUUUUAUUCUCGGUUAUAAAGGAUGCGACUUUAGAAUGAUUUGACGAAAUAUGCUUAGAGACUCGUCGACUCGCCAGUGGAAUGUGAGCCGUGUAACUGUGGAUUCGUCUCAGCCCGAGAAUGAGUGCAACUGUGAUGGAGAUUCUAAUCCGUUGUAUCGCCUGGCGUCGGCAUAAUUGUUCGCUUUCCGCCCUCUUAGCUUCGCGGGUUCGUCUUUUUUUUUGUAUGAUCUAUCAAGGAUACGACGAUCGGACAAUAUUGCGUACGUUGUGUUACUUUUUUCGCGAAGAAUCGACGUAAUUUAAGGUAAAAAGCAGAUGCGCGAAGUAUCGAUUCUUUCUAUUUGGUCCGUCAGUGAGCAACGACGAUGCAUCCAAUAAAUUUGAUGAUCGGAAAAACAGAA